AUGGCAUCUCAGAGUCAACAAAAAACAGUAUUGAUUACAGGAUGUUCAAGCGGAAUUGGUGAAGCAUUGGCGAGGGAAUUCCAAGCUAGAGGCUACCAUGUUAUCGCUACCGCUCGAAAAAUAGAAAAAAUAUCACACCUCCAGAAGGCAGGAAUGACUACAUUGUCUCUUGAUGUAACCAAACCGGAGAGCGUCAUGGCAGCCAAGGUAGAAGUGGAAAGAAUCAGUGACGGCAAACUAGAUGUUCUAGUCAAUAAUGCGGGAAUUCUUACCCGUGGUGCUUUAGCUGACGUCUCAUCUGAACAUAUAUACUCCAUCUUCAACACGAAUGUCUUCGGCCUCAUGGCCGUUGUAUCCACCCUCUUGCCGCUACUUAUAGCAGCCAAAGGCACCAUUGUCAAUAUUUCAUCAGCAUCAUCUGUGACACCUUUCCCUUUCAAAGGUCCCUAUGCAAUGACCAAGGCAGCGCUGAACUCAUAUGCUCGUACCCUCGCGAUAGAGCUUUCACCUUUCGACGUACGUGUGUUGACAUGUCCUUCAGGUUAUGUACAGAGCAAACUAGAAGCCAAUGGGACGGAUCAAGUACCUGAAAACAGUUUAUACAAAGCCAUGGCUGGAAGGAUGGAAUUAGGGGUUCCGGAAAAGCAGAUGGAUGGUGCCGAAUAUGCAAAGCUGGUAGUAGCCGAAGUGCAAAAAGGGCGAGGCUGGAGUCUUGGUCCUUGGAGAUUUGGAGCAAUGAGAGAAUGGCUAUGGGUGGGAACAGGAGCAUCUAAGGGCUAUUGGGCCAGCAUGAUGGGGGAAGCAGUUUUGCAGCAGGGGUUUAAAGACUUGAUUAAUUGGGAUGAGAUUACGAGGAUCAUUCGGAAGGAUAAAGACUUGUAG